AUGUCUCAGCUUUUCUUUAUCAGAUUUCCAGUUGGGUCUCGUGUAGUUGGAGCUUUCAUUAUGCCAUGUGGAACUUGUACCUAUUGUGCUAAGGGCCAUGAUGAUUUAUGUGAAGACUUCUUUGCUUUUAAUAGAGCUAAAGGAACUCUUUAUGAUGGAGAAACUCGUCUGUUUUUGCGGCAUGAUGAUUCACCAGUGUAUAUGUACAGUAUGGGAGGGAUGGAUGAGUACUGUGUGACACCAGCUCACGGUUUAGCUCCGUUACCAGAGUCUUUGCCUCACACUGAAUCUGCAAUUCUAGGGUGUCCUGGAGAUUCUAUUGCUCCACUAUUACUUAGUGGCUGCGGUGGAGCUCUGCUUCUUGAGAAUGUGAGAUUUUACAAGGAGGACGAGAAGAAGGAUCCUGAGUUUGCUAAGAAGCUUGCUUCGCUAGCUGAUCUCUAUGUCAACGAUGCUUUCGGAAAUGCUCACAGAGCCAACGCUUCUACUGAGGGAGUCACAAAGUUCUUGAAGCCUUCAGUUGCUGGUUGA